CUGUUUGCUGCAUGUUUCAUUGCUAUCUCCCCUGGUUACACUAGUAGAUCAGUGGCUGGCUCUUACGAUAAUGAAGGGAUUGCUAUCUUUGCACUUCAGGUUUGUCGUCGAUAUUCUUCUCGUCUUUUCGUAGCGUACACAACUUUCUAUUGUUUGGCCACCAUUCUUUCUAUGCAGAUUCCAUUUGUUGGCUUCCAGCCUGUGCGCACAUCUGAGCAUAUGCCAGCUUUUGGAGUAUUUGGUCUGCUUCAGAUUGUUGCUGCCAUGCAAUAUGCUCGCCCUCGUAUCUCGCGUCAACAGUUUAUGACUCUAUUUGUCGGAGGCCUCACAGCAGUCGGAAUUCUUGCUGUUAUUGUCUACUUUGCACUAGUUUGGGGAGGAUAUGUUGCUCCUUUCUCUGGUCGUUUCUAUUCCCUAUGGGAUACUGGGUACGCGAAGAUCCAUAUUCCCAUCAUUGCUUCUGUGUCCGAGCAUCAGCCAACAACUUGGGUCUCGUUCUUUUUUGAUCUUCAUAUCACAGCAGCAGUAUUCCCCGUUGGACUGUGGUACUGUGUGAAGAACGUGAAUGAUGAACGAGUAUUCAUCAUACUGUACGCUGUCUCUGCUGUUUAUUUCGCGGGAGUGAUGGUUCGACUGAUGUUGACACUUACACCAGCUGUAUGCGUUCUUUCUGGGAUUGCGUUUUCCUUUACCUUCGAGAAGUGUGUUUAUCCUCAUUGUUCAAUUCAGAGAAAUUGAGU